AUGUCGGAUCUUAAAAAUAAUGUUUAUUUUGAUGAGGAGGUUUUUAAGGAAGAAGGAAUGAAUGAAGCGAUUGAAAAAAAGUCUGAAGUAAUCGCUAAGACACCAGAGGCGCAAGCGAAAUCCUUAGUUUCAAAUGAAGACUAUUAUGAUGUGUAUUUUGAUGAGGAGGAUUUAAAGGAGGAAGGAUCGAACAAAGUUAAGUCAGAAGAUGAUAACGAUUCUAGUGAUUCUGAAGAGGAGAUGCCAGACGAUUCGGAUGAUGAUGGAUAUAAUGGAUAUGGCGGAUUUAAUGAAUAUGAUGAACGUGAUACGAUAGAGGUUAUUAUUAUCGUGAUGGAGGUUACGAAAGGAAAACCUCCCCAAUGA